AGCGCAGUCCAUCCCUUUGGAUCCUACUGCUGCGCAGAUCUCUAGGAUACGUUCACUUAUGCGUAGCGAAAACAAAGGAUAAUCUGUUUCCAAAGAACUGUUCGAAAAUAAUCGGUAGCCUAUUUAAGUAGUACUCUAUCAUGUAGAUCAGAAGUUCCGCGCUCUUCAAGUGUCAAUUAUUUAUUGGAGUUGUCACGACUGUCUCCCAAACGCGUUGGCCCUGUAUUGACGGGAACAACAAUAUAAAUGACGAGGGACUUAACGUGACCGUAUUGAGCAGAGCACUUGCGCGUUUUGGUGCGCUGCGAAGGUGUGUGCCAAUUCAACUGCUGCCACCUCCAGGCAUUGAAUCCAAGUAAAUAUCGGCAGGGUAACUAGAGGAAUGGCUGCGGCAAACAACGGAUCAAACACAACUAGGACCUUUACAAAUCAGUUUGUACAACCGCCUUGGCGCAUCGUGCUAUGGUCGGUCGCGUACAGCCUUGUGCUCGCCGUGGCAGUUUUUGGCAACCUGAUAGUGAUUUGGAUCGUAUUGGCGCACAAGAGGAUGCGGACCGUGACAAACUACUUUUUACUCAACUUGGCUUUCUCUGACGCCUCAAUGGCCGCGUUCAACACGUUGAUUAAUUUCAUAUAUGCUGCUCACGGCAAUUGGUACUUUGGAGAAUCAUACUGCAAGUUCCACAACUUUUUCCCAGUCACAGCAGUGUUUUCAAGCAUCUAUUCAAUGAGCGCAAUAGCAGUCGACAGGUACAUGGCCAUCAUCCACCCYCUGAAACCCCGGCUGUCGGCCACAGCCACCAAGGUGGUGAUCUUGUGUAUCUGGGCGCUGGCCGUGGUGCUGGCCUUCCCCCUCUGCUUCUACUCGUAUCAUAUCAUUGUGACGGUGCUGGUGUAUGUGCUGCCCCUAGUGGUGAUGGGUAUCACCUACACCAUUGUGGGCGUGACGCUGUGGGGAGGAGAGAUCCCMGGGGAAGCAUCAGAUAACUACCACAGCCAGCUCACAGCCAAGAGGAAGGUGGUGAAGAUGAUGAUCAUUGUGGUGGUGACCUUCGCCCUCUGCUGGCUGCCGUACCACGUCUACUUCAUCGUGACGGGCCUCAACAAGGCUCUGAUGAGGUGGAAGUCCAUCCAGCAGGUCUACCUGUCAGUGCUGUGGCUGGCCAUGAGCUCCACCAUGUACAACCCCAUCAUCUACUGCUGCCUCAACAGCAGGUUCCGGGCGGGCUUCAAGCGGGCGUUCUGUUGGUGRCCGUUCGUCCGGGUAUCCAGCUAUGACGAGCUGGAGUUGCGCGACAACACCACCCGCCACCGAUCCGGCCACCAGGGCAGCAUGUGCACCCUCUCCCGCGUGAACACUGGGACCAACAGCACCAACAAUCGCCAACACAGCAUCAAAAAGGCAGUCUCCAGCUGCCAUGGCAAUGCCAGUGUUAACGGAGAUAACAAUGGUAACCAUGGCAACCAACCGGCGGUAGCCAAYUCCAACCUUUACAGUGACCCCGAUGUGGCCGACGAUCGGUUCUCCUGAGAUGUUUACGAUGACCACGACCACCUUCUAGAAUGUUCACGAGUGGUUUGGAAAGUCGUUGUCAACAUUUCGCCUUCCGAACUUCCCUCAAACAUUCCAAGCAAGCCUUUACAUUUUUAUUUAUUUCAUGUCAUUUAUUUCAAGUAUUUCAUGUGAGUUUGUUGCAAACGCGGUUGUUCUGUAUAAAGUAUUUUCUGCUGGCUUGAUGCAGUGAGAUUCUUUCGAUUUUAUUUGUAUUUUGCUUCGCUUUCGAAAGCAUUUUGUUUCUGCCUUUUCUCAUUUCCAAACCCCCCUCACGACACUGACUGGACAUCUGGUAGGCUGCUGUCUCGACGYGCAGAUUCGUGACAUCUGGACUCAGCAAUGAAGGCAGAGCUUACCAGUAGUUUACCAGUGUGGGCAUGAAUCUAUUACUCAGGCAGGAUCCCCUUGAAAGAUUGUUAGGAGGGGUUGGUGGUUGGGCAUAUAUAUAUAACACAUAAUAAUGAAAAGGGAAGGUUGUUGCACACAGAUUGUUUAUUAAUGUGUCUUUCUGUACCAUAAUCAUACAUCCUUUAUCAGCUUGUCAUCAGUUCUGCAGACUGAUACCCCACAGAUUGAAAUAGCUGUGGACUGUAUGUCCUGAAAUUAUAUUAUUUUUAGAGAGAGAGGCACCUGGGGCAAGAUAGAUUAUUCAGUGUUUCUCUUUCAGCCUGCAAUUUCCUGAGGAUAAAUGAGAAUGAUAGGAUGUUCCAUUUUGUUAUUGAAAUUUCUCUCAUAAGCUGCUUUUAUCGUUAUAGGAAUUGUACAGUGCCAUUUCUUUUUUUAAAUGUAUGAGAUAUCUGUCUUAUGUAAGCAGAGGAUUGGUUUUUGCUUUUGUGAUAUACCGUGGUGUAUACUUACUGUGGUUAAGGCAAUUUUUAGCACUUUAAUCAUUGAGGGAUAAACGCAGACAAAACACAUGCACACACUCAGACCCACACACAUGCACAUGCAAAACACAUGCACGCACACAGAGACACAUUCAGCCAUCAACAUGAAAGUAUUUCACGGAGACGUACUGUGCACUGUGUACUAAAACUAAUCAUCAUGGGAAAUAGUGCAGUAUUAAAACACAAUCUGAGAGCUUUUUUUGAUAAAAAACCCACCCAUCCAUCUCUUUGAUUCCAUGAAGACCUUUAAUCCAGAGCUCAGGGCUCUUACAUAAACAUGCCAGUACUCACUCUCCCUCUCUCUGAUAAGCGUCUCAUCACCUUAUCACACACAUUCGCACA